AGAAAAACAGUUAGCUAGUGUAUGCAAUUGAGUACUUGGGUGUGAACUGACUGAGGGAGACAUAUUUGGCACAUAUGGUGUUGUUAGGACUCACAAUAGAAGAACAAUCAAGCAUUAUCUCUAAAUUAAGUCGCGAUCUUUCAGAAAAGAUGGCUGUGAUGCUAGUCAAGCUGUUGGUGGUGAUAAUGCUAUGCUCUGCUUGUGCACAAGCUCAAGCUCUCAGAUGCCGCACAAACGAGUACAUUAUCUCCAGCAAUGAAGUGAUCACACCUCCACUCAUGGUGGAGGCCUCUUAUGAAACGUCCAUCUUAGAAUCACCUGCUGCUGAAAAGGUGCUCUAUUUUGGCUACAAUGGCGAGGACCUGUACACAUGGUGCAGCGAUACCAGUGAUAACAACCCAUACGUCAUUAUACGCUUUAGUCAGCCUGUCUUCAUAACAAGCUUUCUAUCUAGUGGAAGCACAGAUCAUUCAUUCAGUACACUAGACACGUUCUAUGUAACCAACUUCACCAUGGAGUAUACCAACACCAGUGGAGAUUUUAACUACUACACAACAUUUGGUGGUCAAAGAAAGUAUUUCAAUCAAACUGAGCCAGUAGCCUUGUUCCGACUGGGUAGACCAAUAGUGACGGACGCCAUUCGCUUCAGACCCAUACAAGCGUCUGAUGGCAGUGGAACACUGAUUUGUCUCGGAGUGGCUCUGUUUGGCUGUAUAGAGGCAGAAACAAUGGAAGAAGUAACCAACGAACCGAACACUAUGGCAACUACUAGCAGUGACGCUACAGCUAGCAACACAGGGGGUACAACUGAUGUGGGGGGUAUAGCUACAGCACAGCCGGUUGUCUUGAGGGACUAUCAAGCGUUGGAGAUAGCUCUGCCUAUUGGAAUAAUCACCAUCAUAAUCGUCAUAAUGACAGUAGCGAUAGGGGUGCUCCUGUGUGUUACUAGGGAACAGAGUCAGCACAAAUAUGAUAUACCUCAGAGCAUCUCCCUCAACCCCACCUCACGUAUACUAGACAACUCAGCUCUCUACAAUAUACCACGUCCAAUAGAUGACGACGGGACGAUAAUAAAGAUAGUCAAUAAUGAGCUGUAUGGUCAAGAUUCAAGACAUAACAGUCUGAGUGUGGAGGCUAGCAACCUGGAGGUGAUCUACUCUGAUGAUGAUCACUACGAGUUUAUUACAGAGCAGCCUACUAGCAAGGUCGAGGAAGAUGACACUAACAGCAUGUGCGGUAACUCAGCCUACGAGCUGGCUGACCAAGGUGAGGGGGUGGAGGCCACACCCACUGAUUUCGAACUCACAAGAAACAAUAGCUAUGAGGUCGCCGGUGAACUGGUAGAGAAUUUGUGCGAGGAGACUACACACUAGAAUGAAUGAUAAUGAGCACUUGAACUAUAGAAGUUAAUUAGGUAGUUGUACUACAGUAGUAGGCCAUACGACGCAGUGUGUAUUGUUCAUUGUGUGAUUGUAUUGUGUUGCUCAAAGUCAUUGUAAUGCCCCAUAAAGGGAAGAGAAGGUAUAU